AUGGCUACGAGCAAGAGCUACCUUAAGAUUAGCAAUGAGGUUGAUACCUUGAAGCCUCAAUUGCUAUCUUCCUUCAAUGACUUGAACAAGAUCGACUUCAAUUCACUUGAUGCCGAAAUCAAUUCUCAUUCCGAUGGCUUGCUUAUGAAGCACAACGAGUCUCUAGCUAAGGAGAAGAAGGCAAACACGAAGUCCAUUGAUUGUGAGGCUCUUGGAAGUGAUGCUGAAUCUGACGACGAUGAGGCUCUCGAGAAGGCUGUCGAAACUGCGGAGAAGCUCUGGCAAUCAAAGCUUGCUGCACGAAAGGAGAAGAAGCUUGUGGAGCUUUUCAAGGAAGCAUUUAAGAAGGAGAGAGAGAGCGUUAAGUCUUUCAUGGAUGUUGCUUCUCAGAUUCUUGCCGCUCUCGAUACCGGCAUCGGCGAUUGUCAAGUCGAUGUCGAUAUAUCUGCGGUCGACCUUCCCACUGCGAUGCCCGACACAAACAAGUCCUCAGGGGUUUCUGGCAGCGAAGACAAGGUUGCGAGCUGUGUCACAGUACAAAUUGAAGUCAGCUCCGACACCGCUGUUGGAAUCACCGCUGUUACGCCUCUGGCUCUCACACCGGAAGACAAGGAUACCAGAGACGACCAAGUCGAGGAUACAAAUGGAAACAUUACCGCAUCCCCCGUUCUUGUCGAGUUGUCCAAGCAAUCCGGGGCCAUUAGAAUUGUUCACCAUGACGAGGCAGCGGUACAACAGCUUGCCAGUGCUAUUGCCGACGCCAAGAAGCAUAAUCUGCGAGCUGAAAAGCUGGAGAACGAUUUGACCAACUUCAAGUCCAAGGUAAAGGCUGCUUUUGAGGAGGUUGUCUCGACUUCGGUGGCACACAAGGAAGCCGUCAUGGAGAGCAAAGAAGUCCUCUUGGCGAAGAAGCUCAAGGAUCGGUACAUUGCCGAGCAAGUCAUGACCAUUCCCGAAGUUCUUGCCAUCCUCCCGACUCGAGAUGAUCAUGGUGGAAAAGGCGGCGUUGUCAUUCGCGAGAUCCUCAAGCUGCACCGACGUAUGAAGGAAUUGGACCACGAAUACAAGACUUUGAAGGACAAGAACCUCGAUCUCGACGCAUUGUCUGCUGCACUUGAGGCUGUCAAAAAGGAGAAUACUACAGCCAAGACUGCUGUUGCCAAGCUAAAGCGCGAGCUUGAAGAGAAGGAUCCACUCUUCCAAGUCGGUGUUGCAGUUCGUAGAGGAUUUCUUGAAGCCGUGAAGCGAACUUGGGUUAAUGGUGACAUGAGAGUUGUCCGAGGUGAUCCCGACAAGUACUUGAUCAUUGCUAAGAAUGACGCUGUUCACCGUGGCAACUACCUUGCUGACAGAGAUUUGUGGGUUGGUGGGUACUUGAAGACAAAGGAGGAACUCGCUGACUUCGAAUACGUCUACCAUGUUGCCCUCAACCCUAAGGGUAUCCCUUUCCCCAAGUUCAUCUCCCUAUACAACAUGUGGGGUUCUAUGGUUGCCUGUUACUUCAAGACCGCAUACACCCACGACAAGUCGAAGGAUGAAGCUUUCGAGCGGGCUUACCUCGAGAUUCGAGCUCUGUGGACCAAGUACUCCAAGGGAGUUGAGGCCAAGGAGGCACAUGAGAAAUUGAGUGCUUGUGCCUUGGCUGCUGGUAAGUUCCAUCGAAUGAACUCCAUUCUAGAGGAUACAGCCCAUAAGGAGCGAAACCGCUUGCGCCCAGGCAGCAAUUGA